CUUGUUCGUAAUUUUCCAUUUAUGUGUUCUUCAUUUACUCCUCAAGUGUGAUCAUAACAAGUGGUAUCUAGAGCCCAAUGAUCCUUCAUGGGGGACGGGGUAAGCUUCAUCGACAUGGAGAUUACCAUCGAGCUCUUCCUAUUCAUCCACUGUCCCAAGUGGGAACCCCUACCCAAACUAUAUCACUCGCUCUCAAACCCGUGAAACAAUCAAACGAUGUAGGGGAGCUUCCUCUCAUUUUCUUGACCCAGCAAAAGCCCGGUGGCUCACCAAAUUUUCUCGACAUUGUGAUCCUUAUAGUGGAAGGGUCGCAGCUGCUAGUGGUGGAGGCUUCCAUUCUUUCUGCUCAGCCAAUGCAUGGUGUUCUCGUCUCUGACCUCAUGGGUGACUCUGCUACUGCACCCAAGUUGGUCAUCCACUCAGAUUGUGAAGGUGAAAAUGGAGGUAGUCUGAAGGAAUCUGCCAUUUUCUUUUCUUUUGGAUUUGCUUUCACACGGUUAAAAAGGUCUCAACUGUUUGUGAAAAUGUCCAUUAGAAGUGGUGUCAAAGUGACCAUCGUCUACUCCAUUAACCCCACCUCGAGGCUGCUGAUGGCCCUCCAAGCAAGGACUGCAGUGGUCGAAGAGAUGUUUCUUUCAACAUUAUUCCCAGCAGCAUUGGAACUGCUAAGGCCGUGGGGGAAGUUCUUUCAUCACUUCAUGGCAAAGUGACAGGAAUGGCCAUCUAGGUACCCAUUGUGGAUGUUUCAUCUGUUCACCUCACUGUCAGGCUUAUGAAGAAGGGAAAAAAUGAGAAACUCGACAGUAUCCUCAAUGAUGCUUCGACGGAUGGGAAAUGGUGCUACAAAAUUGGGGACGCCUCUAUAUUUUCCUUGGUCAGAUUUCGCAAAAAUCUCAAAAGUCUUAUUGUAGGUGGUUGUUGGGACAUCUCAGAUGAGUCUUUAAAAUUUUUUGAUGAUUGUUGUAAAAAUAUUCUGAAGGAUUUACAGAUGGAUUGGGGUACAAAUAUCUCCAACUCUGCAUCGAGGUGCAUCCUCAAUCAAUUUGUAGACCUAAAGGCUCUCAACAUUGGGUGCUAU